AUGAGAGUGACUGACUUAUAUUCAGUAAAACGAAAUGAAUGGCAUGAAGAAGUAGAAGCCAAACCAAUCAUCGUUGUAGAAGGAAAAGAAUUCCAAAAGCAAUUAAAAGAAAAUAGUUCACUAUCUAAAAUGAAAUCCUAUCAACAAGUAAUCGGCUCUCAACCAAAAUUAAAAAAAAAUGGAUUAGAUGUUUUUGACUUUCUAAAGUCUGAUGACAAUGUGAAUAAGUCUUCAUUGAAAACUGAAAUUAAUAGUAAUCAACUUGGAGCGAGUUCUCGAUCGAAAAAUCUAUUGGAUCCACCACCACUUCUUCUUCCAAAACCUACUAUUUAUCCAAAAUAUAAUUUGAGGAGUAAUGGCAAGGUAAAAGAUAAUAAUGGACGUAAACAGCAUCAAACUGAAUUGGCAAGACAAAAACAAAUAAUGGCUUGA